UUCAGUUGAUAUGUUUGUAAAAAAAUUGUAAAAGAAAACCAUUGAAGGCCGAGUGAUUCUGCCACAAUGAUACGAAAUUACAAUCUCUCGAAAACUCGUCCAAGAACAAACAAAGUGCCAGGACAGCGAGAUGCAUCAGUUUUUGUACAGAAGAAAUUUUCAACAUCACAACAAAGCGAGUUGCUACCAGCUAUGCAUUCAUGUGAUCGGCGUGGAAUUUAUAAAGUGUCUAAGAGUGGUACAUCACAAGCAAAUGAUAGCCAUAGUAGUUUAACAAAGCACGAUAGGGGAACCAUGAUGGUUGAGUCAAUUGAAAACUUUGUUAAUGUAAAACCUGAGCCACCACUGUCAGAUGUUUUCUGUGCUGGUCAACAAUUGGAAGUCCGAGGUGAGCCGCCUUCAAAUAACACACGACUUCUAGAUAAAAGUUUAGGAAAUUCAGAAACGUUUGCACUUGGUGGACAAAAUGAUUCUCUUUGGAAAUCCCAGACUCAAGGAACUCAAUCUGUAGCUUUAAAUAAACUGUAUUCCUCUCUUAAUAAGCUAAAGUCUCGCCAUGACACCCUAACAGGAAAGGCAAUUCAAAGAGAUGUGCGAUCGCGUUGUCUAGCGUUUCCAUUCAAGCAUUGUAAAGGGUUUGGUAAUGCAGAACUUGGAGAGGAAGAAAUUUUCAUUCUUCUAGGAGGAAAAUCGAAGCCAGUUUGUUUCGAGGUAAAUCCUGAUAAUUUAAAUUUAUUGGAAAACGAAUUUGGCUUAAAGUUAAAGUCAAAGUCGAUAACAGCGUCUUCCUUGGAUCAAGAAGAUUACGAACUUCUUAAGAAGUUUCGAGAGAAAUAUAGGACUGGAGUGCCUAGAAAUGAAAGUCCAUUUGUUCCAUGGGCUCGACAUGCAAUUUUUCGUCCAAAAAAGGAUAAAAACACCAAAACGAAAGAUAACGAUGCAAAAAAUAGACGGGAUGAUGCUUUGCCUUGUGCGACAUAUGAAGUAGAAGAAGAAGAUUUUGGAAGAAAACUUUCUAUUCAUGUUUAUUUGCCAAAUGUUGUAGCCAGCUAACUGAAUAUUCUCUACAUGGACAUAAGCAACAGAUACCUGACCAGAUGGACAUGAAACUAACAUGCUGCAAAAAAGCAGAAUGAGCGGAGGUUACUAAAAUGACUCAUGCCCGGUGCUAGCGGCGCCUUCGUGCAGCACGACUUUAACACUGGUAAACGUUAAGGGCAAACUAAACUUAAAGACUGACAACCCUUUAAUUGUGCAUUUUGUAUUCACGUGACGAAUUAAACUAAUUGAUAUCGUAUUAAUAUCAAAUCAGGUGUUUUGUUACUGUUUUCUUAUAGUUUCGGUUACUUGGUUGCCGUAUAUCUGAUAUAGGAUUUACAGACUUUAUGCACCCUGACUAAAGUAGAAAGAAUAUUGUUAUUCCAUCGUCAU